GUGUGAGCAAGUCUGUCACACAACUCACCAACUGGAUUCCCAAGGUCAAGGUCAGAAACAGAGGCAGGACUAGGAACCUCAGCCAUGAUGUUCUCUCCCUGACGGUCACCAGUCAUUGCAGUAGAUUCCGAAUGCCAGGAUUUAGCGGAAGUUGCAUCUCAGGAACAAAAACACAGUAGUUUGAAGGCCAGGAGCACUACGAAUAGUUUCUGACGAUCAGGAGCAGCUUCCUACGUGAGAGAUUUUGUCGCGGAACCUUCUAGCUUCUUGGCACCGCCGCUGUACGACCGCCUAGGUGCACUGUGCGACCGCUUAACUUCAUCUGGCGUCGCGCGUGCGAGGAAAUGGCGGUGGAGUCGCUGGCGACGCUGUGUGUGGUGUCGCUGAUCGACCAUCGCGACCUGCUGGGCGACCUCGGCGACAUGGACCUGUCGCUGCUGCGGCCCGUGUUCGAACACUGCACGGCGGACCAACUGGACCGGAUAGAGAAUGAGAAUAAGGAUCGUGACUUCACCCCUUUCACCGACGACCUCUGGCAACGGUGCUACGAACGCAGGUAUGGCAACGACAGCGUACAGCAGGUGCAGGACAGAAUGAGGCAAGCAAAAGUCCUCUACACUUGGCGCCAGCUAUACCAUGCUCGGCAGCAGGCUGACGAUCGCACGCAACAGAAGUGUGUGUCAAGGCUGAAGGAGCUCUACCACCAGGCGGACGAAGUGAAGAAGCAGCGGCAGCUGAGGGUGCUGGAGAAGCCCCGCCUCUCAGUCACGCGCAGACGAAUGUUCUCCUCAGCAGCGUCCUCCUCGCAAGCAGCAGCAUGGGCAGACAGGGCAGGCAGCUCCAUACUCAAGAAGGCCCGCCUGGGAUAUGCCAACAGCUUCCAGGCGCGGCUAGUGUCGGACAUAAAGAAGAAGCCUCUUAACUACUCCCCUCCCCGCUCCUACACGCACGGACCCGCCUCCCUCUCCUCCUCCCCAGCUGCACGAACAACCAGCAGAGCCACUGUAAACGGCCCUGCGGUUACCAGACAGAGCAGCACAGGCAAGGCAUUCUCAACGCAGGCGUCAGCCAAUCACAGCCCUCAGCCUCGCCUGCCAUCCCGGCCCUCUUCUUCUGGCUGGGGUGUUUCCGAACCACCAACAGCCAUGCGUGCUGAGGCUCGAGGACAGCCUCGGAAGCAGGUUCAGGAGCAGGCAAGGGCGUCAUCAACAGCUGCGAUUCUGAACAUUGUUGACCAGAGAGGAGGAAGUAGGAGUGCAGAGGGGCCAGGGGGUAGUAGUAAGGAGGGGUACAGAGAGCGAGGAGGAGGCAGCGAGAGGCGGAUGAACAGUGUCACUGACUGGGAAUGGAAGAGCAUAGGAGGAGGUGGAGGCGGGGAUAGAGGGGGGGAUAGGGACAGAGACAGAGACAUAGACAGAGACAGAGUCUUCGAUAGGGGUGGGGAUAGAGGUUAUGAUAGGGAUAGGGAUGCAGGCAAAGGCAAGGACGGGGGGCGUGUUGGUGCAGCAGGUAGGAAGAGCAGCUAUGAACACCCUGGCAGCAACGACCACACAUCAAAGGAGAAAGGUGGUGGCUCCACGAAGAAGCGCAAGGAGGCAUGCAGCAUGGACUGGGGUGUGUAGGAGAUAACUCUCAAUCCAGGGGGAAACUGUUCAUCCCGACUCUACAACUCGUUACACCACUCCGUUCUUCUCCUCGCUCAUGUAUAGGCCUCACCAUCGUAUUUCCACUCCCACCUUGUUGCUAGAGGUGUUCCUCUGAGUGACUUGUUUUGUCGGAAACUUGGUUUUAUUGGCCCAUUCAUUUGUUCGUUUCCCA